AAUAAUACCAUGGGGUAGGAUAGGGAUAUAUAUGUAUAUAGAAUAACAUAGUAAUUUUAAUUAAACUUGUCUUAGACAGGUUGGCAGCUUAUCCACAGCGGUGCUGAGACAGCUGCUAAACAAGCAGACAGAUGUGACCGUGUAAUGAGCCAGGUCCACGCCGAGUACGAGAAACAAUGGCGGCAUGUUGCGCUUUUAAGUUCCUUGGUGCAAAGUAUACCUGAUUUGAAUACCGGCGUGGAACGAAUAAUAGCUGAGUUGGUCAACCUUCAAAACCUGUUCAGUGAUGUCGAGCUAGCCCUGUUAACCCUGGAAGAAACACUUGAUGCUCGGGAUAUGCAAGAGAGACAAAACAAACAAAGGUUUGAGUUAUCUUUAUAUGAGUCUACACGUAUCCAGGAAUUACAAAGUCUUGAAUUCAACCUUGUUAAACAGAGAGAUGCCAGAUUGGCAACGGCGGCUGUACAAGAAGAAGCAAGGAAUAAGGAACGUCAGAUAGUGUUCCAACAGAAGUUCCAGGAGGACUUGGAACAGUUCCAAAGGACAGGGUUUCUAGAAGUACCCUUGGUCCGCGGUGUAGAGGUUCCCCUGGAGUCUGUAAAUCUCAGCGAGGACGAGGACGUCCUUGAGGCCUUCCUUGAGGACAGAGCACCCAAGGGCAGGACAACAAAGAAGUCUUCAUCCCAAAAAGAGAAGAACCCAAGUGAAAUGCCUGGAAAUAACACAGAACUGAGUCGAGAUGAAUCUUUGUAUUUUACACCUAGUCAAACUAUGGAAAACAUCAAUCAAUCAAUAAUAUAAUUUUUAAUUAUUCUAAACCAUUUAUAUCCUAUUUAAAAGCUCUUUACAUUCGAUUCAAAAACUCCUAUCAUCUUUUUCUACUCAAUUUUUAAACUAAUGAUCAAAUGAUCCUUCUGAGUUUGUUAAGAUAAAAAUAAUUGCUAUUGAUUAUACCAUAGUCAUUACUUUUUAUCUUGUUAUUUUUGUAUUAAAUGAUUAAUUUAUUAAUGAAUUAUU